GGGAGAGAGAGGGAGAGCAAGCGAGAGAAAGCGCGCAAUAGAGGGAGACUGUACACACUAUAGCAUCAGUAUGUGACUGCUGGUGCCUGAUAACACUGAUAUCGAGCUCCUUCAGUGGACAACUUGCUGAGCUACCUUUUUUCAUUUGCAAGAGGAUGCCAGCUCUAAGCCAAUGCAACUGAUAACAGACUGGACAUUGGAAUAGUUCAUUUUACUUAUAAUUACACCUCAUGUUCUGCAUCUCUGAAGAAAGGCUUAUUACGGAAGACAAAAAUUUAUCCUGUCCCCUUAGCUCACAUAGUACUGAUGAUAUGCAGAGUUUGAUCUUCCAGUGAAAGCUGCCAAAUUGUCAGGCUUCUGAUAUCUUCAGUGGAGACUCACAAGACUGACAGAAAACAUUUCUAACCUCUUGGUUAGUCAUCAAGUGGCUACACAACAAAUUCAAGACCAGAAGACAAAAAGGCAGCUGAGCUGGUAAUUCUUCAGAAGAAUUAAGUCACCGAUGUCUUUGAGGGGUUGUGGAAUGGUCAGAGAAUGAAUUUUAUUUGAAGUAAGCAGAGAGAAGCAGCGCAGCGUUCUGGCUAGAGCACUGAUCUGGAGACCAAGAAGAAGAAUAGUCUUAAUGUACAAGCGAGGAGUGAGACAGCUGAAGAGGUGGUUAUGAAAAUUGAAACAGUUUAUUAUCUUGUAAGGACUUGAGCGCACACAGAGAUGCCUAGCGGAGCAGCUGCACUGGCAGGUGUCAUUCUGGAGAUGAGAAAGAUGAAAUUAAUUUGAAAUAGCAGCUAAAGAGGCAGUAGGUUUGAUUUGGCAAGGCAUUUGGAAAAGGAGGAGUGGAGAAGUGCCCUGUAAACGCUGAACAACAGAAAAUGGUCGGCAGUGGAACUCUAUUGUGAAGACCUCAGAAGAAAUACCAUUUUUUCCAAUCAGCUUUUCAUGAUGUAAAUAUAAUUUGAGCUUUCCCAAAUGGGUAGCUAAACCAUGAACAAGCAGAAAAAAACAUUUUGGACUGUAUUUCUGAACCAGGCUUCACCUUCUGUCUCGGGAACUUAUUAAAGGAUUACAGCUGAAAAAGACAAGAGAAAGAAAACCUUGAACAGGAAGCUUAUCCUACAAUGAGAAUUACAUCUUGUAUCUGCCCAGUCCUAGUCUGUCUCUGUUUUGUGCAGAGGUGUUAUGGAGCUGCUCACCAUGGCUCCAUCAAGGUGACUAGAAAUCAAACCAAACACGUAGAAGGCGAAACAGAAGUGCAUCAUCGUCCCAAGCGUGGAUGGGUGUGGAAUCAGUUCUUUGUUUUAGAAGAACACAUGGGACCAGAUCCUCAGUAUGUAGGAAAGCUGCACUCCAAUUCCGACAAAGGUGAUGGAUCAGUCAAAUACAUUCUUACUGGAGAAGGGGCGGGGACUAUAUUUAUUAUUGAUGACACAACUGGAGACAUCCAUUCAACCAAAAGCCUAGAUCGAGAGCAGAAGACACACUAUGUGCUUCAUGCCCAAGCUAUUGAUAGACGGACAAACAAGCCACUCGAGCCUGAAUCUGAAUUUAUUAUCAAAGUGCAGGAUAUCAACGACAAUGCACCAAAAUUUACAGACGGACCAUACAUUGUUACUGUGCCAGAGAUGUCUGAAAUGGGUACGUCUGUUCUACAGGUGACAGCCACAGAUGCAGAUGACCCUACGUAUGGAAACAGCGCCAGAGUAGUGUACAGUAUUCUUCAGGGACAGCCAUAUUUCUCUGUUGACCCUAAAACAGGAGUCAUCAGGACUGCCUUGCACAACAUGGACAGGGAAGCCAGAGAACAUUAUUCCGUUGUCAUUCAAGCCAAAGAUAUGGCUGGGCAGGUCGGAGGGCUGUCAGGGUCAACAACUGUAAAUAUCACACUCACUGAUGUCAACGACAAUCCACCCAGGUUUCCUCAGAAACAUUAUCAACUGUAUGUUCCUGAAUCAGCUCAAGUUGGAUCGGCAGUUGGGAAAAUCAAAGCAAAUGAUGCAGACACCGGUUCAAACGCAGACAUGAAGUACACAAUUAUAAAUGGUGAUGGCUCUGGAGUGUUCUCCAUAUCUACUGACAAAGAAACAAGGGAAGGAAUUCUUUCCCUGAAGAAGCCGCUCAACUAUGAAAAAAAGAAGUCAUAUACACUUAAUAUAGAAGGAGCAAAUACUCACCUUGAUUUCCGCUUUUCGCACUUGGGACCAUUCAAAGAUGUAACAAUGUUGAAGAUCAUUGUUGGUGAUGUGGAUGAACCUCCGCUCUUCACUAUGCCUUCCUAUGUCAUGGAAGUUUAUGAAAAUGCGAAGAUCGGGACUGCUGUUGGCACAGUGACAGCGCAAGAUCCUGACGCUGCCAACAGUUUAGUGAGGUAUUUCAUUGAUCAUAACACAGAAGAAGAUAGGUAUUUCACCAUUGAUGCUAGUACUGGGACCAUUAAGACUGCCAAGAUCUUUGACAGAGAGGAGACACCUUGGUACAACAUCACAGUGGCUGCUUCUGAGAUAGACAAUCCUGGGCUAGUGAGCCACGUUCCAGUUGGUGUUAGAAUCCUGGAUGUCAAUGACAACCCUCCAGAGCUUGCCAGAGAUUAUGAUGUAGUCGUAUGCGAGAACGCAAAGCCUGGUCAGGUAAUUCAGACUAUCGCUGCAACUGACAAAGAUAACUCUGCAAAUGGGGCAAGAUUCCAUUUUUCCCUUGAUGAAGGGCUUUCUUUGAAUCCCAACUUUACUCUAAGGGACAAUGAAGAUAAUACAGCCAGUAUCCUGACACGACGACGGAGAUACAGUCGAACCACUCAAGAUAUAUAUUACCUCCCAGUUUUGAUUUCUGAUGGUGGAGUGCCCCCUCUCAGCAGCAGCAGUACUCUCACAAUUAGGGUUUGUGUGUGUGAGAGAGAUGGACGAGUGAGAACUUGCCAUGCUGAAGCUUUCCUCUCCUCGGCUGGCUUGAGCACAGGAGCUUUAAUUGCAAUCCUACUCUGUGUUGUCAUUCUUCUUGUUUUCUCUUUAGCAAUUGUGGUCCUUUUCAUCACCCUAAGACGUAGCAAGAAGGAGCCCUUGAUCAUUUCAGAAGAAGACGUCCGGGAAAACGUUGUGACAUAUGAUGAUGAGGGUGGUGGAGAAGAAGACACAGAAGCAUUUGACAUCACAGCACUACGGAAUCCAUCAGCUGCUGAGGAGCUAAAAUACCGGAGGGAUGUUCGUCCUGAAGUGAAGCCUGUGCCUAGGCAUCAUCCCUCCUCAAGUCUCGACAGUAUAGAUGUCCAGGAGUUCAUUAAGCAAAGACUGGCAGAGGCUGAUGUGGACCCCAGCGUGCCCCCAUAUGACUCCCUACAGACAUAUGCCUAUGAGGGUCAUAGAUCAGAAGCUGGAUCUAUCAGCUCUCUGGAUUCAGCCACAACACACUCUGACCAGGAUUAUAAUUACCUUGGAGACUGGGGACCUGAGUUCAAGAAGCUAGCUGAACUCUAUGGGGAAAUAGAAUCAGAAAGAACAACUUAGUUGUAAUUCCCACAACAGAGAAGUUCCUGAACGACUGGAGAUAUAAUGACAGCAACGGUAACAAAAAAUGAAUGCAGUACUUGGAACUGAGCAAGUUUUAUGCAGUUACUGUAGAACAAGUGCCCUUUUCAUAUUUGAAACUGGGUUCUCCGAUUGGAAGAAAGUCAAAUUUUGAAAAAUACAGAAAAAAGAAGCUAUUGUCCCUUGUGUAUAUUUUUUAAUUGCUCAAUAAAGUCUGUGGUACCGUAUCUGUAACAAUACCUAAAGUAAAGCCAAGCAAUGACAUUUUUAUUGUGAUAUGCUUAACAUCUCCAAGCUAGAGUAAGUUUAUGGUCAUGCCUAUUUAGGAAGAUCACUAACAGAGGAGUAAAUCUCUUGCAGGUGGUUGUGAUCUUGCAUUUCUAGCUGUGCUCCAGGCCUUGUGAUCCCAACAUGAGGUAGCCAAUGGGGUUUACCAUCAGUGUGAGAAGUGCAGAAGGGAUAAGCCACACCUGUCCUCUUAAAUAUACAGUCCUUUGAUGAUUUAAUCUUCCUGAAUUAUCAGGUCGCAUUGAGAUGGUGUCAUUUCAUUAUGUCCCUCAUAAUCUUGUCAUCCAUAACCAGCUAACAGAGGGAGGGCAUCAUUAGCUGUUAGCCCAAACAUGGCUCUAGCCCAUACCGCCAGACCUGCUCUGUUACUGCGUGCUAGAGGAACUGUUGUUUCCAGUGUUGUGCUUUUCCUUUUUGUCUUUUCAUGGGAACAUCAUUCAUUUAAAUGGAAUGGGUCCAAAGUACUCUUUAAGCAGUGAAGCAGAUGAGGCAUAGGCUCUUUUAAUAAAAGCAACAAUGGCAGCACCAUUAAACUAUGCAGUUGUUUGGUUCACUGUGCUUCGCUUAUAUCAAUAAAUGAAGCUUUUUAAGUCUUUUGCUGGUCUGAGUCCAGGAGCUAUGACAGUCAGUUUAAAGCACAGAGUUCUCAAUCAAUCAUAAUGUCUCUCUAUUUCCGUGUGUGACUAAAAGCUGCUGGUAAGGCACUGGAAUAGAGAAGACUGAAACAAAGAGAGUAAGAUGAUGAUACCUUUUUCUUUUUAGUUCAACCUACGGGUAUUUAAUUUCUCUUAGAGUAAUUUCCAUCUAAGCAGAGUAAGCUUUUUUCUCCCUAUUUCAAGCAUCAUGGGAAUAGGAACAUUUUAAGUCAGUGGAGGAAGAAAAAAUUAAAAUGUACCAUUAUUGUGGUUCCUAUAGAUUAAAUAAAUUGAUUUCUUAUGUAAGUAACUUUCUAGCGUUGCAGAGCUGCUUAAAAGUUCUGCUUAGCAUUGCAGGCUGCUUAACACCUAAUCCAGCAGUUUCUGAUGUUUUGUUUUGUUUGAAAUGUUAACCUUUCGUUUGUCUUUCUCGUGGUAAUAUUAUGAGAGGACCAGGAGCUCAUAAUAUCCCAUGAAAGAUUACGACGUAUAAGGUUCACCAUCCAUUACUGCCUUGUAAGAAAACUGUAGCUCCAGUGAGGGAAGUGGACUUCUUGCAAUAUGCAUUUGAUAGAGAAACUGUCCAGAGCAGAAGCUGUGUACUGUUUUUUUACUCCCUGGGCUGGUGUGGAGAGUGAUACAGAUCUGUACACUCCACUAGAUUCCUCCCUAUACAUUUUAGGUGUCACUUACCUUCAUCUCAGUACAGAAGGGAGUACCUUUUGCUCCUCCAAGCAAGGUCUCUGUUUAUUGCUGACCCACUGUGGGCCACACAGGUGAAGCAGAUUAUUAAUCCUUCCCUUCUUCACUGUGUAGUUGGAUAGGUCUUAGACAUGACUGAAACUUCUGAUCAGUUCUGCUUUGAGAAUCUUUUUUAUUUUAUUUUUUUUUCAUAAUGAACUCCUUCCUGAGAAGUUGUUGACUGUUUUUAGUUUAAACAUCCUUCUGGAAAAAUUAGCAAGUAGCUUUGUAAGAAAUUUUUCAAACUCUAAAAAGCAUUAGUUGCACUGUAGUUCCAGAAUUGGGUUUUACUACACUGUUUUGCUUGCAACUUGAAAAUUGUAGUGUUUCCCUUACUGUCAACAUCUGAACCCACAGGGCAAUUUAGAGAGGAAAAAAACCCAAAAAUGUUCUGAUGAUUUUUUGGAAGUAGUUUAAUAAUUUGUGUUCAUAUUUAUUUAUUUAUUUUUAAUUUUUACUAAAUAUAGAAUCUUCUAGAAAUGCAUUUAAGGACAUGUUCAAUUGUACACUAAAGUUAAAGAGAUGCUUUAAUGCAGUAAGAGUUAUACUCAAGCUGAGAAUGGUUUAUGUGUUCUUUUUUGGGGGUAGAGUUAGGUUACGUUUCAGUUUUGUCCCAAAAGAAGCAACUAGUAAUGCAGGAUUUUGAGGAGAAAUUUUCUUUUGAUUUAGAUUGCACUUGCUUUAUGCCAACAUCUAAAUUUUCAUAUUGUAUGAGUAGAGUGCUAAGAAGAAAAUCUUUCAGCAUUAUCAGUACCAUGGGCCAUAAUACUUUGUACAACAUCUGCAUGAAAACUGCAUUCAUUGUCGUACUGUAGCUUUGAGAGCCAGGUAUUAGUUACCUUUAUGUCUGUUCCCUCUGGUCCUACACCGAAACAGGGAAAAUCAGUUGUAUUUUGUGCUUGAAGCACUGUUCCCGCCAUUGUUUUUAUUUGUAUCAUAGAACAUUCAGGCUUAAAGCCAACAAAAGUGCAGUGACAUAAGCAAAUAAGCACUCCUUAUGCUCAUGUUCUGAUGAAGUUAAUGAGAGAAUGAGGUCAUAUCUCAGAGAAAUCAGAAUCCCCUUUUCACCAUUCCUGCUGCUCUCUUUGCUGCUGUACAGCACGUGCACCAUACCCACUGCCCCGGGAAUUCUGAAUCCUUUAACACUCUGCAGGGUUAUUGAGACGCUGCUUCAGUGAUGCUGCGGUGUGUCCUGUUUGGUAUGUCCUAUCCACAGUGAUCGCCAAAUGUGCUUUUCUAUCACGAUAAGUCUGCAUGCUUGCUAUGCUUACUGUUUUUUACUCAAGUACACAUCACAGUGCCGUGUUGUUUGCAUGACAAAUAGCAGAAUAUUAAAUCUUCAGGGCCAUAGAAAAAGGCCUCAUGGUGCAGAAAGACCAGGUUUACAGAAUUCUUUUCCUGAUCUCACAAAUUUUUCCUUUGGUUCUUUGCAUCCUAGAAACAAAUUUAAACUAUGUUUAAACAUUUCUAUGUUAACUUUGGUUAAACUGGAAGAAAAUUAACACUGUAUGCCAUGGAGGGCACAAUCAUUUUUUAGCAUUGCUGAUUUAAACAAAGUAUACAUUCAGUGAAAGUAUCGUGGGAAACUCUUUCCUAGUUUAUGGUUAAGUCUGAUUGUAUAGACUUUGCUUAAAGCUUUCAUGGGUCCUUUGUGUACUUAUAUUCUCAAAUAUUUUCCUAUUAGCCUAAAUAGUAAUCCUGUUGCUGCUUAACAACUAAACACUGAAAACUGCCAGUUUUACUUAAACUGAAAGAUACUGAGUAAAGUGAAAUGGCACAUACGAAUUCGUGCUUAAGGGCUUUCCAAUUUACAAUUUUAUUUCUGCAACAGCUAUUCAACUAAUAGUACACUUACAUCAAAUUAAUUUGUUGCGCUGCUUCAAACAAACCCUCCUUCUUGUAAUGGUGAGGGCAUUCAGUAUGCUGCAAUUUUGACACAUCAUCUGAGAAAAUGGUCUGUAUAAAUAUUUUAAAAUGUAAAAAUAUAUUUUCAACCUAAACCCAGUCAAAAAUGUAAUUUAAUACACCUUAAAGACAAGGAAGAGCUUGGAUUCAACUCACAUUAGAUUAAGACUCAUACAUUGAAAACAAAUUAAUUUGUGUAUCACUGUUACCAUUUAUUACAUACAGAUAGAAGACUGUAAAUGUUGAAAGUAAAUUCACUCUGUUAUGCACUUUAUUUUUUGCAUUCUUCUUAGAAAACCAAAAUAAUUGUAAAUGUUUUUGGUUUUGAAUUCUAAUUGAUGCAGUUGUUUAAGUUGUGAAUACUGCAAGAAAUGUCUAUGUGAAAAUAUUCUCACUGGUAUUUAAAAGGAAUUACAACAUUUCUUUGGCCUAAGGCUUUGUAAAAUCAUCCUUUAGAAAAUCUAAAUAUUUAGUCUGGAGUUAACCAAACUCAUAGACUCACGAAAAAGGAUAACCAAGAAAAUGUUUUAAAUGCAGAGAAGAAUAUGAAAUUAUGCUGCCUAGGGUUACUUUGUGGAUUAUAAAGUGCUAAGACCUUGUACUUGCAGUACAUAGAAAUGGCACAGUGCAUUCUAAGGAACAUUAGCAGCGUGUUGCAAGUACUGGGCCAUCCUUAUUUUUCCAAAGUCUCCAAAAAUAUAUAUAUUUUUUUUAACAAAAGAGUUAUGUAAAGCAUACCUCCUUAUGCAAGUGUUACUGAUAGAAAUUGUUACAUUUUCUUUUAAUAAACAAAAGGGACAAAAUCUUUUAUUCGUAUUUUUCAAAUAAAAUAUUCUCUUUGCUAUGGUGAUGGGUUAUUGUAUUCCUCAUCACAACUAGAACGGGUUAUUUUUUCUUCACUCUUGUAUUUUAUACUUACCAAAGAAAUAUAACUAUCUGAAGGCACUCUGCCUUUAAGAAUGAGAUGUGAUACAGCAGUGUUAAUGAGGUCAAUGUCAGAAAUGGUAUGGUAACUUUAACUAGAUUUUAAUGGCUGGUAUAGUCACUCAGUUGUGUCACUAUUUCAAAGACUGCCUUACACGAUUAUUGCUACAGAUGGGUAGGGAGAGAGGGAGGGACACCAAGAGAUACUUUGCAACAGACUGUGGUAUAGCUGCUAAAUGGUUCAUUACUUUUACUUGUGGCGACCAUUCCACUCCAGCCAUCACUGUCCUGAAACUGAAAUACAGUGUUAUAGGAUGAAUACAUUAUCCACAUGAGUGAGUUAGGGAAUUGCACAUCUAUGAAUCCAGAUUGGUGGUGACGGCCGGGGUUAUUAUCCUAAAUUGACACAGAACAGAAGAAUAAAAAUAGGCAAGGACAUUCACAACGAUCAAGCUCAGGCACGUGCAACACAAGUGUACAGGCAUCACCCAUUCUUUCUCAAAGGAAUUAACAGGGUUUACCAACAAAUUACACCUUAGAAAAUACUGGUACCGUGACUCACAAGAAACUUGUUGCAUGCAAGACCUUCUUUCUGACACUGACAUAAAAUUCAAAAAUUAAACUAAUGUUGACGGAAAUGAAAAUACAUUUUUGUUAUAGUACCCUACUUGCUCUACAUUAUUGCCCACGCGGCAAUUUAGAUUUUGUACUACCAUGCUAUGCAAUUCCCAUAUGUGCCUCAGCACAGCCCCAGGGGGGAAAAAAAAAGGUUACGGUAAGAUAAUACUUACAAAACAAAUAUUGUCAGACAGAAUCUAAAUGCAAGUUCAGGGGAGAAACUAGUGGUUUUGUGGGUUUUGUUUUGGUCCUCAUUUGAGGUAUUUGAACUUUCUAAGAAAAGUUUAUAAAGAUUUUACAUCAU